GAGUCACAGAUUUCAUUCUCAUCGUUUUCUCUCUCAACUGAUAAGAAACAUAGUCCUAUGUGGGCUCUUCCGAUCCACUUACUUAACUCUACACUUGUGUUCCUUCUUUCCACUUCAAACCUGUGACCCAAAAACACCCCCUUUUUUUUCUCUUUCUCUUCUUUUCUUCUCUCCCACCACAACUACUUCGAUUGUUAUUCCUCCAAUGCUUCUAACGUGAAAUUGGGUUCCUUUUCCAUCUGGGUUUUGUGAAUUGUGAUUAGAACUUGCUGGUUCUUAAAGCUUCUGGGCUUGGCUCAGAAGUCAUAAUGAUGUCUGUGACUGGCAAAAACUUGCUCUCUUGUGGUUGUUCUUCCAAUGCUUCGUUUGAUAGGUCCACGGUGAGGAAUUUUGCAAAGGUUAAUUCCAAAGGGUGGGGUAGAGGCCAUGGAGCUCGUAAAUCGUUUUGUUGUAAGAGGAGGAGCACUCAAUGCAGGGUUUCUUCUAUGAAGCCUGCACAACCUACUGUGAAUGGGGGGACUCAAGCAAUUGAAGGGCUUACAACAGGGUUGGACUUGAAGAGUUAUUCAGAAACCCCCAUUUCCCCAGCUCGGUUGUUUGAAGUGGUUGCUGAUGAUUUGCAAACUCUCAAUAAAAAUCUUCAGUCGAUUGUAGGUGCAGAAAAUCCAGUUUUAAUGUCUGCAGCUGAACAGAUCUUUAGUGCUGGUGGGAAGAGGAUGAGACCAGCUUUGGUGUUCUUGGUGUCAAGGGCAACAGCUGAGUUACUUGGCUUGAAGGAAAUUACUGUAAAGCAUCGACGUUUAGCUGAAAUUAUUGAAAUGAUUCAUACUGCAAGUUUGAUACACGAUGAUGUAUUAGACGAAAGUGAUCUAAGAAGAGGGAAGAAAACUGUUCAUCAAAUGUUUGGAACAAGAGUUGCAGUUCUUGCUGGAGACUUCAUGUUUGCACAGUCAUCAUGGUAUCUAGCCAACCUUGAAAAUAUCGAAGUCAUUAAACUUAUCAGCCAGGUGAUCAAAGAUUUUGCAAGUGGGGAAAUAAAGCAGGCUUCUAGCUUGUUUGACUGUGAUGUUCAACUUGACGAGUAUCUAAUUAAGAGCUAUUAUAAGACAGCUUCCUUGAUUGCUGCCAGUACAAAAGGAGCUGCAGUUUUUAGUGGUGCUGACAGCAGCAUCACUGAGAAGAUGUAUGAAUAUGGAAAGAAUCUUGGUCUAUCCUUCCAAGUUGUGGAUGACAUAUUGGAUUUCACGCAAUCAGCGGAGCAACUGGGAAAGCCUGCUGGCACUGACCUUGCCAAGGGUAAUCUGACUGCUCCAGUAAUAUUUGCGUUGGAGAAGGAACCAAAAUUGAGGGAUAUCAUUGAAUCUGAAUUUAGUGAGGUUGGUUCCCUUGAUGAGGCCAUCAAGUUGGUCAAGAGUUGUGGGGGGAUUGAAAGAGCACAAGAAUUGGCAAAAGAGAAAGCUGAUCUUGCAAUUCAAAGUCUCCAAUGCCUCCCUCAAAGCAUGUUUCGUUUAGCUCUCCAGGAUAUGGUCGUAUAUAAUCUUCAACGAAUAGCAUAAACUUAUGCAUGCUGAGGACACAUUGCUAAGAAAAUAAAAAAAACAUUCUUUUUUUCCUAAAAGGAUGAGACCCUUGAGAACUUUUUGCAAUUUCAAGAAUUUCCAGCAAAUCUAUCAUGUCUUCCUCCUGUGCUACUUUUAGAGUACUAAUAUAGACAUUGAAGGACAAAGCUAGUGCACAUGCUCAUCAUUUCAUAUAUUUGCAGCUUCCUGCAAAUUAUAGUACAAGAACAUAGUAUGUUCCAUUAUUGUAUCAAUACACGUCUGCAGUAUAUUCUUUUCCCCAUUCUUCCUUUCUGAGAUCAUCAAAACAUUUACAGAAUAAAAAAUGAUAAUUGUAAUUUUUUACUUGUUUACUUU